UGCCGUUUGUGCCCCACUACGAUCCUGAUGCUCGAGGCGACAUGGUCUUUCAUGAUCAAAGCCGCAUCACGCCGUCGCCAGCCAAAACCGUCAAUCGGCCGAGAUCCCCGGCUGAGACUACGCUUGCAGGAUGCGACUCUUGGAACUCAAAGAGGAUGGCAGCCUCAGACUUGGAGACUACCCCCACGAGGACGUCCCGCCAUAUGCUAUCCUCUCGCACACCUGGGGACCAGAUGACCAGGAGAUCAGCUUUCAAGACGUCCAACAUCAUGCAGGCCACCACAAAGAUGGAUAUCAAAAGGUCACGUUCUGCUGCCAACAGGCUGCGCUGGAUGGCCUGAAGCAUUUCUGGAUCGACACUUGCUGUAUAGACAAGUCUAACAGCCAGGAGCUUCAAGAAGCGAUCAACUCCAUGUUUCGCUGGUAUAGAGACGCUAACCACUGCUACGUCUUCCUCACCGAUGUACACAAAAGUAGCAGCGGCAAUGACGACGACAGACUGUCACAAGGACAAUGGGAGACAGAGUUCAGAAGCAGCCGGUGGCUGACCCGCGGUUGGACGCUUCAGGAGCUGAUCGCCCCAAGAUCAGUCAAGUUCUUCUCAGCAGAGGGGAAAGCAUUGGGCAACAAGAGCACGCUAGAGGCACUGCUCCACGAAUGUACAGGGGUCCCCAUCGACGCCCUUCGAGGGAGACCUCCAGCUGAUUUCAGCAUCAACGAGCGGCUCUCUUGGCUGGGGAAGCGCAAGACGAAGCGCCCCGAAGAUCUCGCGUAUUGCAUGUUCGGCAUCUUCGACGUUCAUAUGCCACUCAUCUACAGCGAGGGGCAGGAGAAGGCCUUCCUCAGACUGAGACGAGAGAUUGAACCUACGCGACGCGUCGAACCCUUCUCGACCGUCCCUUUCCUUCCCGAUGCCGAUUUCGUCGAGCGCCCAGAUGUGACUGCGUGGCUGGAUACAACCCUCGCGCAGCCAGGCAGCCGUGCCGCCCUUAUCGGCCUGGGAGGUAUCGGCAAGUCUCAGGUAGCCAUCGAGUACGCGCACCGGACGCAACAACAAUCGCCGAGUACACGACUGCAGCUGCCACAGCGGCAUGAUCCCAAAGUCGAUGUGCUGCAGCUGGUGUACGACUGGCUGUUCAACGCGGAGAAUGGACAGUGGCUCAUGAUACUGGACAAUGCGGACGACGUCGGAGUGUUCUUUCCAAGACGCCGGGCUGGGACGAUUAUGUCGAAGCAACGGCCAUUGGGAUCGCUCCUGCCUCAGAGCACGAACGGCAGGAUCCUCAUCACAUCGCGGAGCGGGGAGGCAGCCCAAAGAAUGACGGGCAGCAAGUGGAAGACCUUCCCGAUGCAAGUGAUGGACGAGAGUCAAGCAACGCAAUUACUUCAGAAGAAGCUCCAGGAUGAGUACGAAGAAAAGGCGGCCGCUCUGCUGUCUAGUGCGCUCGAGUACAUACCUCUCGCGAUCACGCAGGCUGCCGCGUAUAUUGUCCGACGAUCGCCACGAGUCUCGUGCUCGUCAUACCUAGAACAGUUUCGAAAGAGUGAGAAAAAGAAGGAAAGCCUACUAAAUCGAGAUCAAGCUGAUCUUCGACGUGACGGGACGGCAGCGAACUCGGUGGUGGUGACGUGGCAGAUCACGUUCGAACAGAUACAGAAGGAGCGGCGGUCGGCCGCAGACUUGCUCUCUCUCAUGAGCCUUUUCCACCCGCAGGAGAUACCGGAAUGGGUACUACGAAGCUACUAUCAGCGGAGAUGCAGGAUUGGGAAACAUUACGACGGUGGAAAGGAAAACGACGAGGGCGGGGAAGAUGACGACGACGACGACGACGACGAUGAAGAUGACGACGACGACGACGACGACGAUGAAGAUGACGACGGUCUGGACGAUGACCUAGAAACGCUCCGAGAUUACUCGCUGGUGGCCGUUACCGUGCAACAAGAUAUCUAUGAGAUGCAUACACUCGUGCAGUUUUGUGCACGAGCCUGGCUCUCGUCAGUGGGUGAUAUGGCAAGAUGGAAGCAGAUAUUUCUGCACAUCAUGUCGGAGAAUUAUCCGCCGGGGAGUUAUGAGAACUGGUCAAAGUGUCAGCAACUUGAGCCUCACAUUGCACAGCUUCUCGAAACGCAGCCUGCAGAUGCUAAGGGUGCGACAGAAUGGGCGCGGCUGUUAACAAACGCAGGAUGGUAUGGGUGGCAAGUGGGAGGGUACGAGAGGGCCGAGGUAUUGCUUUGGAAGGCAGUGGAGGUUCGAGAGGCAGUUCUUGGCGCAGGGAAUAGUGAUACAUUUACAAGUGUCAGCAUUCUUGCUCUUGUGCUGCGGUACCAGGGCAAGUACGAAGAGGCGGAGGCGAUGAACCGACGGGUGCUUGAUGGUAGUGAGAAGGCGCUGGGCAAGGACUAUCCAUCCACACUCACGAGCGUCAGCAAUCUUGCCGCAGUGCUGCAGCACCAGGGCAAGUACGAAGAGGCGGAGGCGAUGAACCGACGGGUGCUUAAUAGUCGUGAGAACGCGCUCGGCAAGGACCACCCAGACACACUCACGAGCAUCGACAAUCUUGCUGGAGUGUUACAGGGCCAGGGAAAGUACAAGGAGGCGGAGGCGAUGAAUCGACGGGCGCUUGAUGGUCGUGAGAAGGCGCUGGGCAAGCACCAUCCAUACACACUCACGAGCGUCAGCAAUCUUGCCGCAGUGCUGCAGCACCAGGGCAAGUACGACGAGGCGGAGGCGAUGAACCGACGGGUGCUUAAUAGUCGUGAGAACGCGCUGGGCAAGGACCAUCCAGACACACUCACAAGCUUCAGUAAUCUUGCUUUUAUGCUGCAGUAUCAGGGAAAGUACGAAGAGGCGGAGGCGAUGAAUCGACGGGCGCUUGAUGGUCGUGAGAAGGCGCUGGGCAAGGACCAUCCAGACACACUCACAAGCUUCAGUAAUCUUGCUUUUAUGCUGCAGUAUCAGGGAAAGUACGAAGAGGCGGAGGCGAUGAACCGACGGGUGCUUGAUGGUAGUGAGAAGGCGCUGGGCAAGGACCAUCCAUACACACUCACAAGCGUCAACAAUCUUGCUCUUGUGCUGCGGGGCCAGGGCAAGUACGAAGAGGCGGAGGCGAUGAACCGACAGGCGCUUGAUGGUCGUGAGAAGGCGCUCGGCAAGGACCACCCAGACACACUCACGAGCGUCGACAAUCUUGCUGGAGUGUUACAGGGCCAGGGAAAGUACAAGGAGGCGGAGGCGAUGAAUCGACGGGCGCUUGAUGGUUGGGAGAAGACGCUGGGCAAGGACCAUCCUUCCACACUCACGAGCGUCGGCAAUCUUGCUUACCUCUGCCAUGAGCAAAAUCGACUCGAUGAAGCCGGCGAGCUUUAUCUUGCGAGCGUCAUUAUGCAUCGUUGA